AUGGUCAAUGACAACUCAGACGACAAUGUAAUCAACAUCACAAAAGAUGGACAAGUGACAAAACGAAUUUUAAGAGAAGGUCCGGGGAAGAAACCAGAAAAAAACAAUACUGUCAGUGUUCAUUACGAAUCUAUUCUUUAUGAUACAAAUACUCUGUUUGAUUCCUCACGUGAAAGAAAAGCCGAGUUCAAUUUCAAUCUGAAUUCAGGCAAAGUAGUAAAAGCUUGGGAGUUGGUUAUACCUACAAUGAAAGUAGGGGAGAAAGCUGAGAUUAUAUGUACAAGUGAUUAUGGUUAUGGUGAUGAGGGAAGAACAUAUAUUGUGCCACCUAAAGCCAAAUUGAAAUUUCAUGUAGAAUUGUUAGGUUUCUGGGAGGUUGCUGGAUCAGCAGCAGAACGUAUUCGAUCUGCAGAAAAGAAAAAGUUAGAAGGAAAUGAUUUGUUUAAGCAAGGCGCUGUGAAUGAAGCCUUGACUGCCUAUAGAAAAGCAAGAGAUUAUAUUAAGGAUCUUUGGAACUGUGAGCCUGAAGAAGCUGAAGAAUGCCGUAUUUUGAUUGCUGCCAUCAAUCUCAAUAUUGGUGCUUGUUAUUUAAAACUAAAGAAUUAUGACUUUGCUAUUGAAGUCUGUAUAGAAUCCUUGAAUCGUGAUCCAACCAAUGUCAAGGCACAUUAUCGUAUAGCCACAGCUUAUCUGGGAAAGGGAGAAUAUGAUCAAGGAUUGACUUUUGUCAAUUUGGGAUUACAGGUAAGCAAAAAAAUAAAAACACACACAUAUCGUUUAUUCUUUCCAGUUAAAGCCAAGUAA